AUGGCGGAGGAUCCAAUUUCCACCUUCUGCAACGCACUGGCAGCUUUCUGCAACCACCUCCAUUCCUCGUCCGAUGCUCUCAGACAAUCCAUCGAUCGCCGACCUAUACCUCUCGAUUCUGCGUCGUCGACCUUCGUGCAAUGCCUGAAUCGCCGCGUUUCGACUGCAAGCGCCGACCUCGAUUUGCUUGAUUCCAUGUCGUUCGGCACCGUAUCCUUCGAAGAGCUCCUAGGUCAUUGCAACGAAUUGUACAAGAAGAACCACUCGGAUCUGGUUGAGCUUGAAGAUUGUCUAAAGAGCUACGGUUAUGUUCCCGAUCUGGAUAUUGAUGAAGACGACGAAGAUGAGGAUAUACAACAUCAAGAUCCGGUAGACAUAUUGGAUAGUCCGACUUCUUUCUAUGGAUCACUGUCGGUGGCGGAUUCUAGCUUCAAGAGUUUCGAAGAUGCUUUACUUGAUGAAUCUUUGAGUUUGAAAAAGCUUGGGCUGUCAGAUGCAUGUCUAGCCACGUUAGCAUCGGAAGGGGAUUUGUCAUCACAAGAACCUGAGAAAGUACAACAAUUUAAGCAGCAACAUCAACCGGUUGGGGAGAUAACGGUGUCAUCUGAAGGUAGGAAGUUUUCAUCUAAUGAGCUAGACAAGGAGAAUUUAAAGUCAGCUGAAGCUCCCAGCUCCGUUUUAAGGAUAUUGGAGAGCGAAUUUGAAUGUCUUCCUGCCUACAUGAAGGGUCUAGCAUCAUGGGAGGAUCUACUUGUAGCCGUUGAUAAGAUUAAUUCAAGCCUAAGCCUGAAGACGAAUAGAUGCAACUUCUUCCGUCAAGACGAAAUUCCUUCAUUUGAAUUAGGUCAUAAAGCAAGAUCAUAUUUGCUGCUUUUAGUGCGCAUGAACCGUUUGGUUGUUGAAACGAUUGAUGGUAUACUCACGUAUAGAGUACUGUAGAUAUGAGAUCCAGUGGAGAACUUGGUGUUUCAUCUCCUAAUUCACCUUUUCGUUGUCAUUCAAUGCCAAGAAGCACUGGCACGGACACGAACACAGCACAUUACAAAGUAGUGUCAGUGUCAUACUUUGAAGUGUUCGGUC